AUGGUCAGCCAACACGCGAUGGCCACUACCGUCCGUAAAGUUAAGCAGGAGAAUCGUCUUAGGCGGCAGAAUCAAAGCCAAGAUGAAGAGGGGCCUUACAAACCAGUGCCACCACCGAAACCGGUGUCGAAUAAUCAGAAGAAUCAAGACGUUCAGCAGGACGAAUACCGGGAGCAGUCGGUAGCCGAGCGGCCGUCAUUGCGAACGACUUCCGGUCCGGAAAGGGCCAACGUCGCAGAGGACGGGCAAGUACGAAGCGCAACCGGGCAGCCCUUUGCACCGGAAUACAGGAUGCCACCCUUGUACGGGGAGGAGCAGAGUUCGGGUCAGGCUCAACAGGCGGCCAGUUUGCAGACUCACAGCAGCAAGUUCCCGAUAGAACGCGAGUUGAUCCUGUCAUCGGGAGACAAGAAUUCUAAGAUCCCUAUUCUUCACGAAUACAAACAGAGGACCGCCGGAAGAGUCGCCAUCGCGCCGGAUGCGCCGAUCAAGCAACAGGCCUGGGUUCAAGAGGGAACUCAGAUGCAGGAAGUAAGACAGGACGGCCAAGCGAGAAACUAUCAGUCACAGGACGCCUACUCAUCGUCUAGCGGAGCGGUGCCGAGGACAACGAAGAUUGACGAGGAAAAGACAAAGUCACUCUCCAGAACUUAUCACACGAUUAAGGACAUGAUCUCGAGUCGUUUCGGACCUAGUCGCAAGGACAUUGAGCCGGAACCGGAAGCCAGUCUAAACAACGUCACGGAGGAGCUGCGAAAGUCGAGCAGGAGCAUCGACGAUGACGAAACUAGGAAGAAGGAAGGGAUUUAUGGAAAACCUCGCGCGCAGGAGCCGGUUAAUGUGCAACAAUAUUCAAAGAAUACUUACGGUCAAUAUGGUCACUCGUACGGCUAUCAAAGUAACCAGCAAAAUAUACCUCUACCAGGUCAACUGCAGCCGACCGCGACUAUUCAGCCGAAUUUACCAGGGCAAAGCGCUCAGCUUCACGUAACACACCAUACUCCGCCAGGAGGAAUUCAAACAGUUCAUCAAACUCAAGUUCCUGCUUUUGGCCAAACCACGACAGGUGCGCAGCAGGUGCAAAAUGUUACGAGGGAGUACAUGGUUCAGACAUCGGGCGGUAUGACCGGACAGCAAAUACAUCAAGGAAUCCAUCAGAAUCCCACGCAAGCACAGGGGCAAGGCACAGCAGUGCAAAAACCGCAUGGUCUAUCCGUACAACAGCAUCAAGUGGGCAAUGCGAUGUCGACGACGAGUCCAAGCUUCCAGAGUCCUCAGCAGUUACUUCAUCAGAAUCAGAACCAUCAUCAGAGUCCACGAUUCGCACAACAGCACGCUCAGAACAUGCAUCAGCGUCAGCAAUUAAUCCAACAGAUGCACCAGCAGCAAAUGGCCGGCCAACAGGGCUCGCAAACUGCAAGUGCGCGAAAUAUGCAGCAGUCAUAUUUUCCCAAUAGCGUAUCUUAUCAACAGUAUCAGCAGGCGCGACAGGCGAUGUCGAGGUCGCAGAUCGAUCUUCCGAGCACGUCAAGACAAGCGCAAGAGCUCCGAGUAUCGGGCCAAGAGGUUUACUACCAUUAUGCUCAAGGAAGGGCUCGUUAUGGCAUUCCCCAGGUGUAUAUGAAGACCGAGAGUAAUCAGGAAACGGAAUUUCAGAGGCGAAACUCUGCGAAAGGUAUCGAGAAAGCGGCUUCACAGCCGCAACUCUGUUACGAAGAUGAACGAAAUACCGAGGUUUCGAAGAAUCCCGGAGAGAAUAUGAAGAAUUUAAUAGUAGAUCCGUUGGAUAAAGAGAGAUAUGAGAUUACGGUAGAAGAUCGAAGUCAAUGUGAGCCCGGAAGAAACGGAUUACAAAGGAAUGAGGAGUAUCGACCGGAAACCAGUUUCGGUAUUCGAAGAGAUGAGACACGAACAUCAAAGAGAGAGCAAGAACAGGGAUCGUCGGGUCAAGAGGGAGGUCAGAAUUCGGUAGAGGGAAAUUCUGUGCAGAAGAGGAUCGAAGAGUUGCAGAAGAGAACGGAGCAGGAGGGUCAUUUAAACUCCAAGCCACCAAAGGAUGAUACGGACGGCUUAAGGGUCGGUUUAGCUACGAAAAUGAUCGGCGAGGCAUCGAAAAGGCUCGAUGGACAAUAUAGCGGGAAGGAAUCCGUCGUGAAAUCAGAUAGGAAAGACGAUCUGGAGCAGGGUAUCGGCCGAUUGAAGAUCCAGAAUCAAGGCUCAGGCUCGGAUUACGACAAGGCUGGCCAGAGUUCUUCGAAUGUCGAUUCAGGAAGGGGCUCCGCAGUCUAUUCGAGUGGAAGAUGCCCGCCGCCCGAUGAUCAAACUUUAGCGCAAGCACAAGAUUCCGAAUGGGUGGACAUAGUGGAGUCAGAGCUGAGGAGUAUUUUGGAGCCCAGGGACGUUCCAGCGAUGGCGCACUCCACUCUGUCCGAAAGUGUAUCCUCGGUGACACCGCCUCUGCCACCAUUGUCACCCCAUGACAGUCCACGUACGCCGAGAAAUCGAUACUCAACGAGUUUGCCGUAUGGAUCGAAACCAAGUUAUAACGAUUACGGCAAGGCUAUGGAAAAGAGGGGUUUCUCGAGCAGCACAAAACAUCGUGGCGCUUCGACGUCUAAAAAGGAGGCUGCAAAAAAGUUUUCUCACCUUUUUGGUGUAGAAGCUGCUGAUUUAACAUCCACCACGACAGGACUUGAUUUGGACUCCAUGUUGGAUAGAAGCGAUUCCGAUCUCAGUACCACUGAUGCAAGGACAAUUAGGAAACAACUGGAAGGAUUAGAAAAUAUGUAUAGCGAAGUACUUAAAUUACUCGGUGGCAGCGUAAAAAAGAGGCGGAAGGCUAGAGGACUCACUAGUUAUGGUUCAGUUUCAUCGUUACCGACAUCCUCUGUGUCAUCAAGACCUGUCACAAGGCAUCAUGACAAACGUAGAUCUCACGUAAUUGACGACAGAAUGAAGAAAGCCAAAGACAUUAAGAGCAUCAACAAGCGUUUUCAGCGACUAGAAUCUCACGUGGUAACACUGGCAAGAUCAGUGGCCCACCUGAGCUCGGAGAUGAGGACUCAGCAUCUGAUGAUACAGGAAAUGGAGAGCAUAAAAUGCGAGAUCGCAGCCCUCAGAACACAAACGAGCAUGGCGAUGGUGAGAUCGCAGUCGCAGCCCCUAAUCAAGGAUUCGGAACUGCCGGCACUUUCGAAUCCCUCGAGAGUGAAGAAACUGACCAAGUUUUUCGGCACGGAACCUCCCCUCAUCAGACUGUUCCUGAGGGAACUUGGGUAUGAGAAAUACGCGACCGCUUUCGAGAAAGAGAAAGUCGGGAUGGUGGAGUUGCCUUACCUGAGUGAGGAGAGACUUCAAAAGAUGGGGGUUCCUUUAGGUCCAAGGUUAAGAAUCCUCCAGGAAGCAAGAAUCUCGGUGUGCAAGGAUCCGAUUUACGUAGUAUAAAUCUUGCGAACGGUGCAAAAACAUUUCGCAAUGCAAGCAGACGGAAUUGCGAAAAAAAUGCCAAUAAAGAGAAGAAUGAAGAACAAAAAUCAAACGAGGAAUAUUUGUUUUGUGCCGUUGACCGAUGAACGCAUUAGAACGUUCCUCGGGGCAUUUCUCGUAAACGAGCUCGAGAGCUCGAAACGGUCCGUUUGAGCGACAGCUCUUUUCCCCGUUUCAAUCAAUAGCCGUUUGAAAGCUAUGCUCACGAAAUGCUGAAAUUGUUUCACCACGUCUUUAGGUUGACAGAUUUGUUUUGUUGUAAGUU